CUUCUUUUUUAAAAAGCUCACUCUCCAAAACAGGUACCUGGAGGUUUCCAAACCAAAAAUGAAAAGCAUUUGUUUUUAUUAAAAGAAAAUGUGGUUCCAUCUGAGUAGGCUUUUUCCUCCUAUGAUUCUCUUGAUAGCUUAUCUACUAUCAUGUCAGGAUACAGUUGCAGCACGCAGUAAGCUAACAGGAUUGCCAUCCCAGAGGUAAGUCUAUCUCCAUGUAAUUUAAGAUACUGCCUUACAUAUAGAAAUUGCUGUCUAUCUGGUCAGUGCAUCAAUUCAGACUGAGAAUGAGGCAUGUGGGUCCUAUUACUUUUAAGCAGCUAGCAGAAAACGAUUUAUACAAUAGUCCCAUCACAAUAUGGUGAGAGGGCUGAAACAUGAACCAUUUUGAAGUCUUAUAAUUAUACCUUUUUUAAUACAUUUCCUUCUGCACUACAAUUUUUUCUCCAAGAAGAUUUCAUUCCUCAGUUCUCAUCUUUCACAUAUUCUAAUUUGAUAUGCAGCUUUUAAACUGCCGUUGUUUCAUAACACAAUGAGCUGAUACGGUAUUUCAUAUUAUUUCGGUGAUAAUGAAGUAAUUCAGACAAAAGUGAGAGAAAAUAUAUCAAGAUGCUGUUUCUUCUUUCUUCUUCUCCUUCAAUAUCUUAUUAGAUAAUAAAUAAUAAAUAAUAAUGUUGUGUGUGGGUUUGGGUUGUAUGUAUUUAAAUCAUGUAUUAAAGGAAACUCUAUGGGCCUUUUCCCAAGCUGCUAAUUGCAAACUGGACCAAAAGAAAUAUAAUGUAGAAAGAUCAAAAAGUGGUAUCAGUAAUAAUUGGGAUAUAGACGCAGGGAGGGGGGGAGGCAGCGGAAAGAAAAGAUACAUUUAAUUAUGAAGGCUUAUUCUAGUAAUCCUUACAGAAACCAAAUAAAGAACAGAUUUUUGAUGUUUGAUGAAGUUAUCAAACAAAGCAGGAUAAUGAAGAGGCACAUUUUAAAUCUAGGUGAAGGUGAACUCACUGAAUACUUUCUGGAAAGCUGAAGGAUAGAGGCAUCACAUCUUUCUACCACCACAAUAUAUGUACACACACACACACACACACACACACACACCCCUCUCUCUUUGUUUGACUGCUGCUUGUCCACAGACACCCUGCAAUUUGAUCCUACACACACUGAUGUGUAUCCACAGGCUCAUCUCUUGAGCAUUUGAGUUUUUCAUUUAGUGUUCUUUCUUCUGUAGCUUCUGAUGAAUCUCUCUUCUAAUUAUCAGUAGAAUUACCAUAACUCUGCAAAAAGAAAAAGAAAAAAAAUUACACAGUCUCCUAAGCAAAAAACAGCCUGUCUGUCACACGACAAAGCAGGCUCUAGCCUACAACACCUCACUCCUGCCAGGAUAAAGUGUCAGUUUUUAAGGUGCCCUAGGAGUCUUUGCUGUUUUGUUCCGCUUGUUGGCGUUAACAGAUGAUAACCGAUAAUGAUGGAGCUCUAGUCAGAAACUCAACAAUAACAUGUAAUUCUGGGACCAUCUCCUCCCCUUCUCCAUCAAUGAAUAAUCAAACUAGAUGUGUUCCUUAUUAUGGAAUAUGUAGGAUGCAAAUCAUGGCUAUGUCUCACAGUGGGAAAAUACAUAUUUUGCUUUGUUCUCCGUCUAGGCUCCUUUUAGAGGAUAUACCCCAAAGGGACACAUCCUCACACUGUUGUAGCUUGCAGGCUCUUGUUAGUCACUUGACAGAAUUUCAAUGCGGGAAACACAAAGGACACAGAUACAAAGAGCUUCUUUAGUUGUGCUCACUGGGACUUUUGCCCUCUUCCCCCUCCCUUCCUCCUUCCAACAGCAAGCUACUUAUGUCAUAGGAACAUAGGAAGCUGCCUUAUAUCACAUCAGUCUACUUGUCCAUACAUCCCUAUGUUGUCCACUACAGGGGUGGAGAAACUGUGGCCAGCCAGAUGUUGUUUGACUACAAUUCCCAUUAGCCAUGACCAUUGGCCUUGCCAGUUGGGGCUGAUGUGAGGACCACAGGUUCCCCAUUCCUGCUCUAAUUUGACUAGCAGUGGAUCUUGGGGAUCCCAGGCACACCAUCACCUAAUACUGAAUCUUUGUAAAUGGAGACACCAGGGCCUGAACCAAGAUGUUUAGGAGAAGGGCAGUAGCCCAUUGGUUGCCAGGAUCUCCAGCAGAGGCUGGGAGAGAUUGCCUGUCUGAAACCCUGGAAAGAUGCUGUCUGCCAACGUAGACAAUAUUGAGCUUGAUGGACCAGGGGCACCUGAGGUGAAACUCCCCACUGCCACCCUGUGAUGGGGGCACAAACUCUGUAACAAGUCUUCCUCGCUGGGGUGGUUGUCCUUUAGGGUUCUCUCACCCCUGCCCAGCAAUGGGGCUUUGCUCCAGCUCUUCCCUUCAAGAGAAACCAGUGCAAAGCCCCAUCACACCACUGUGUCAGUCUCUCUCUCUCUCUCUCUCUCUCUCUCUCUCUCUGUGAAAUCUGCACCUGCACCCAGUGGCAAAGCGGGAUGGUGGAAUGCCUCCCCUCUCUGCCCUUAGGCAUUCCACAGAGCUUUGCCACCAGCCUCUCUCUGCCGGCUAGACCAGUGGCAAAGCUGGGGAGCUGAACAGGUGUGCCACCCCUUGAGGGGAUGCCAACUGAGGUGGCCACCCCACCCAGCCUCAUGGGCUGGUUGGGUCUGAGAUGGACUAGUGGGUUUGACUUAGUAAAGGACAGCAUAUGGAGGAUGUACCUCUCCUAUCACACAGUGUUUUUUUAAGUCUUGUCAAGAUACAAAGGUUGUUUCCCAUGCAGCAUGGGGAGGGGCAGGGGGAGAUAAGAGUACCAUUGUUCCUGCUCAAGAAACACAAGACCAGAGUCCUAAUCCCAUUUGGGGGAUGUUGAUAUUCCAUGCCCAAAAUUCUCUGUCAGGGGCAGCUCAGGAGUUCAUGUCUGCCAUGGCAAACAUGGGUCUGUCCCAGAUAAUUUCAGCAGUGCCCUCUCAAGAUUUGGACUUUGUGCUGGAUGGGAUGAGGGUAAUCUGAGGGUGGAGGAACAUGAUAUAGUUCCAUGGUCAUGGACAGAUGACCUGCUCAGGUCAGUCCAUUCACUGAGGCCCACCUUUAUGUCUUAAAUAGCUAUGGGUGAAUCUGUCAGUUUUAGUUCUCUCAAUUCCUCAUUUUUCCACUCUUAGAUUCAAUUCUCUAUAUCUAUCUAUCAUCUAUCUAUCUAUCUAUCUAUCAUCUAUAUCUAUCUAUCAUCUAUCUAUCUAUCUAUCAUCUAUCUAUCUAUCUAUCUAUAUCAUCAUCUACCAUCUCCUCACAAAAAUGCAUUAGCAGUUUAGUGUGAAUUCCUACUAAUAAACACAUUUUUGUAUGUACUUUUGACUGGUAUGCACAUUGUUUGAAGCAGUUUCCCCUAAGGUAAUGCAAUGUUGCAUGUUACUUUCACUUCUGUAUGCAUAUUGGUGCACAUUGGAAAACUGAAUCACAAAAUUCAGAGAUGUGCAACUUGCAAAAGAUAUUUGGGUUUCAGUUCAGGUAUUGGUUUGAGGACUGUGAAAUAGGUAGCUGCUCAUUAAAUGAAACAUGGGGGGGAAACACCUCUCCCAUGCCAUUAGUUUCAGCAUCCCCUGAAAUGUACUUACUUGGCUGGGAGAAAGCAUUUUCUGCACUCAGGCAGUUGCUUCUGGGGGAAACACAGUCACACUCCUUCUUUAAUGGCCAUCAAGAACUUACCAAAAAAGCAAAGAAACACAUUCUUUUAAAGGCUUCUUUGGGAUGGAGAGCCAGUGUGGUGUAGUGGUUAAGAGCAGUAGACUCACAAUCUGGGGAACCGGGUUCGCGUCUCCGCUCCUCCACAUGCAGCUGCUGGGUGACCUUGGGCUAGUCACACUUCUUUGAAGUCUCUCAGCCCCACUCACCUCACACAGUGUUUGUUGUGGGGGAGGAAGGGAAAGGAGAAUGUUAGCCGCUUUGAGACUCCUUCGGGUAGUGAUAAAGCGGGAUAUCAAAUCCAAACUCUUCUUCUUUAUUGUAUUAGUUCUUAUCUGCAUCUUUUGGAGUCACUUUUACUGCAGCUGUUUCUGUGUUGUUAUUUUUACGGUUCUCCUUAGUUUUUUGUAGCUGAUAUUUUAAAUGGUUGAAUUAUGGUUUGACUUUGUUGCUAGCUUCCCUUACUUUUUUAUGAGGGAGAAAAGGUUAUACAUGUUUAAAAUAAAUAAUUAAAACUCAGCUCAUGGUGCUAGCUGCAUUGUUAUUUGGGUAAAUCCCAGAUUUUCACCCUUCUUGCAGCAGAUAUGAUGUCUGUCUGUCUGUCUGUCUGUCUGUCUCUCAGACUAUCUAUCUAACUUGUUGAAUCCAUAGCCCAGAUUAAUGGUUGUGUCUUGGGUCAUGUUUGGCUCAUGCAUUUCAAAGGAAUCGUGUGAGCACCUUCAUCUGAAAAGAUUUAAUGGGGAUUAAUCACCCAUCCUGCCUUUUCAGAGUUGAACAGGAUCCGACACAAUCCUGUCGGAUAUCUCUGGAGAAUGUUGCAGUUACUGUGUAAUGGAAAGGCUCAAGAGAUCACUCUAAAAAGUGUAUCCAUGAGCUUCAAACAUUAUCUUAGAAAUUACCUUUCAGCUCAGGAUGGGUAACAAAAGCAGCUGAUGUCAUGUAUUGUGCAUGGGCCCUGUGAAGCUGAUUGCCAGUCCACCAGUUUUAGGGAAGGGAGGAAGGAAGGCAGGAAAUAGUAACUUUCCAAAGACCAUUCACAGGCCAACUUUUCAGGCCCAAGUCCAGCAUUCUAGCUACAGUACCGUACCGUUGGCUUUUGAAGCCACAAAGACUGCCCAACAGUUGUUUGUAUUGCAGAUGGCACUGUUUUUAAAAGCCUAUUUUACUUGGAUUGGAAUGGAUUUAAUUCAUCUGCAUCUACACAUUUAAUCUGCUUGCAUUGGAAUUUAUUAUUGAUUUUGUUGAGCUUUAAAGGAAACCCACAGGACACAGUAUAUUUUCAUGGAGAAUUUCUGACACAUUUUUAUCCGUUCUAGUCCUGAAUGUUAAAUUUGGCCUCAUGCCUAAUGCUUCCUGGUUUUAUAUGGAAUUUGUUACAGGAUCAGGAAGAAUUCAGAGUGAGUAAUGCACUCUGUAUUAUACCUCACCAAUGGGAAUACGAAAUCAGUUAAUUUUGUUUUAAAUGGACAGGCUUAUGUGGGCCUAUUCACACAGCCAUUCCCAGCUAUAGUUGCUAUGUAAAACUCUGAUGUAUGCCCAGCCUUCAUUCACCUACUAAUAUACAUAUACUGCCACACACAGAAUCCAGCUUUUGAUACACUAUCACAAUAUCUGUGACCAAUAGACUGGGAUCUUAUGGGCAUAAGAUGUAGAGUUGUCUUUACCAGGGCAUCAAAGGCACAUCAAAGGCAAAACCCAGGAUGCCAGCUUCUGGGACUCCCUGUUUUUCCUCAUGAGAGGAUGAUGGCCAUUUUGGGUGCUGCAAUCUCACGUGAUUUUACCCCCAGAAAGCGUGAAAUUACAUGAUAUCAUGGUGCCCCAAAUGGCUGCUGUCCUCUUGUAAGAAGAACUGCUUUUGAUUUCAGGUGUGCAGGCAAAUUGUAGACAUGCAGUUCAUCCCUUGAAGCAUAAAUCAGGCACAUACUGAUGUGUGUUCGUUUCACCUACAUGUUUUGAAGCAUUAUCCAAAUGUGAAUUGCUGUUUAAUUUUAUUUUGCUAUUGUAAUGCAGUGGCUGCCGUGCACUUGGAAAUGUCAUUAUCUUGGCACUUUGGUGCUGAGAUGCUGUGAAAGAAGCCAAAAACAGGAUUUGAUUGUAACCUUCUAAUUUUUUGGCAUCUCUCCACUGUGCUUCAGGUUGUUUUGCUGCUCUUUCCCCUAACACAACUGAGUCAUAUUUUCCCCCUAGUGCUGGGGGGGGGGGAAUUAACAUCCAGAAUUAUUUAUACACAUAAUAGGACCCCACAGUAACAUCCAUAUGUAUUUGUGCACAUAAUGCACAAAUUAUGUGCAACCCGCAUGCAGAGGCAUAUUUACACAUUGAUCUCCCAUUACCACCUGUGCAAGUUUAAGUUGCUCUUGAAGCAGUAAUAAUAAUAAUAAUAAUUUUUUAUUUAUACCCCACCCUUCCUGGUUCAGAAAACUGGGCUCAGGGCGGCUAACAACAAAUUUAAAACCUUAAUUGAUGCAACCAAAAACAGCAUAAAAUACAGUAUAAAAGGUGAAUAACAAUAAAUUCAGAAUUCAAAAAUCAGUUUAGGGGGAAAAUCCAUCCAAUAAACAUUGGAUGAUCACCAGGGCUAGUAUUGGGAAAUAUUUUUCAUCUUCACUCUUGCGUUACACAUGAAGGUGGCAUUCCAAUCUAGAAAUCCAUUGACCCAUCCCUUCUGAAAUGGGAGGACACGGUGUAAUCCCCCUACCAUGUACUAUCAUUUCAGCAGGAGAAGUGGAGUUAGAGAGAGCUCUGUAGAAGUACUGAUGAACUUGCUGGCCUUUGAACUGAGUGCCUCCACCUUAUCAUUGCUUUCUUAUCACUCCAUCUGACUCUGAUGUUCAGAGGUGAGUGCCAUUCCUUACAUAUCAAAAAGGGCACCAGCCAUGCACUAGAGGGUGACAUCAGUAGGCUUGGACGAACCCCAAGGUGUGCAGACAUACAAAAGGCUUUCAGAAGGGAGCGAAGAAGACGGGAACCCCCACACAGCCCACUGAGACCUGAGGGUGCUCAGUGUCCAUGGGAUGUUUUUGGAGUGUGUGGGUGGGGGGAUGGAGUGGCUGGAAUCUUGAACAGCAUCACUCCACACUGCAACAUUUUGCAUGGUCAGGUUUCAAAAGCACCCAAGAAGCCUCUAUGUACAGCAAGGUCUGCAGAUGCUCAUCUUCCCACAUGUGGGUGGCAAUGUGGCAAUGCAGCAGGGUGGAGGGCAGUGAAUAGACUCCCAUUAGAAUUCUAAUUGUAUCAGGCUUCUCUGUGCAUCACCAGGUGGCCCCAGUUGGGAAUGCACAUAAGAGGGUGGACAAUCACACUGGCUCCCCCAAGAGAUGCUUACUUCCAAAAACAGAUUUAUUCUGCUGGAUUGGGACUGAAUUUAAUUUUUCUUACAUUUGGUGACCAUCAACAAAGGACACCCACAUAUAUGCAUUGUGGAAAUAUGGUAUUUGCAAGUAUUUGGUGCUUUCUCUAAUGACUGCUGAGAAAUAACAGCUUUUCAUCAAAAAACACAUAUAAUUACACUUCAACCAUUUCCUUACUAAUAUGUCAUGGGAGUCCCUUUGAAACCUCACAUAUAAACUUCUGUCACUGUAAAAUUGACUCUGUGUUUGUGUAUGUGUGUGUGUGUGUGUGUGUGUGUGUGUGUGUAAGUGUGUAAACUGAGUCUAAUUUAUUAAAAGUUGCUCUCUGCCCAGGGGCCUUGAGAAUAAGGGUGUGGUCCUAAGAUAUAGGGGCUGCGGAGACUGAAGCUAGUUUAACCACCUCUUCACCGGACAUCCUGCUGGGCUCUGGUGAGGGUGGAGGAAUGCUCUACUUCUCCAUCUGUUUCUAGGCAUCAGGUUUUUUCAACCCCCCCCCCCCUUGUUUUCUCUCUCAGUGGGAAGGGAAAGAGGAGGAAAAGGUUUAGGCACACUCAGGAACCUGUCUAAAUCCCCCACCCCACUUCCUGUAGUCAGUGCUUAGGCCUGAAUUAAGGCAGGACUGUCUGAGAGGUGCUCAGUGAAAGAUCCUUUCAAAAGGUAUCUUGGGGCCCCUCAGCUGUAGAUAUUAAAUCUAUUGCAGCCAUGCGUAUCCUGCUGAAACUGAUUUCCACAGGGAGCGUGCAAUAUAGGGACUUUCAGCAUUGCCAAUCACUUUUAUUCUCCUCAGGAGAUCAAGAAGACAAGCUGGAACACCUGCUCCCAUCGAUUGCCGCCUAAGUCAGUGGUCAGGAUGGACCGAAUGUUUCCCUUGUCAAGGAAGAAAAGUAAGGCUCCACUCAAAUAUAUCCAAGCAUUCUUUAUAGCUGGCUGCAGUGAAAAUAGACACAAACUUUGAACACAAAGGGCAGUAUCCAACCUCUGUCCCAUCGGCACAAGGAUUUCCAGAGGCACAAUGGGACCUCCCACCUCUUCUUCCUUGUACAACCCAUGCCUUCCCCAAAUCUUCUCCAGAGGGUUAGGGAACCCCUGGAACAGAUUUGAGAGGGGGGUGCAUCAGGGGAACAGUGUCGCAUUGCAUAAGUGAAAAUCAUUGCAUUGGUAGAAUGGUGACUUAACACUACACUGAAUACAAGCCAGUGGUUUACAGUUGAAAACAGAUGCAUGUUUACCCAAGCCCAUUAAAACCAAUGGGCCUAAUCUAAGCUGAGAGAUGGAGUGUGGCCUAUGUGACCAGCAGUUCAACAAAGCAGGAUGCCCAUGAAGAAUAUAAGAAGAGCCCUGAUAGAAUGGAGACAGUUUCGUAUAUGCAAGGCAACAAACACAUGGAGUGCACGGGGCAAGCCUCUUGCACAGACAAGUAGUCUGUAGACACAUAUAGUAGAACUCUCAGUCAUGUGACAUUCUAUCAUGACUGGAUUGGCUUUCAAUCAGCCAAUGAAGUUACUCUUCCAUUUAAGAUAUUGGGAAUGAUUUGACAUGCAUGGAAAAAGUCAAUUGCAAAUACUUCUGCUGUGUUGUUAACCUUUUCAUCCCUUCACAUUUCUUCCCUAUGAACUUCAAAUUGUGUUUUAAGUAUUUUUUUGGUUUUGGCAGGCAUAGCUGUACUGAUAAAGCCUUAAUUUGUUUUACAUUUUUAAUACUUAAAUAAUUAAUGCUUGCUCUUGCUAGGUUAAAAUAUUGUAUAGAUCUGUUUUUAUUGCCUCCUGAUGUUUAAUUCAAAUUUUAUCAUUUUGUAUAUAUAUAUAAUUUAUGGCAGAUAUCCAUUUAAAUUUUUUUACAAAUGCAUAUUAUAGCACAGAUAUCGAACUUUGCAACAGCCAGCCAAAUACAAGGGGAGCAUAUGUACCGGCCACCUUUGGAAUGAAGUUGCGUGCCAGUCAGCAGGAGAAUGUAUUGUGAGCCAAGACUGUGGAGCUGAUUUUCGGUGUGAGGAGACUGGUGAGUAUGAUGCCAUUACAGAUCCAUUAACUGAUGCAGUGAUACUCCUUCACACCAUUAACCCAUUUCAGGAAUGCAGAAAAGGUACUGAUCUACUGUUCCAUGCAAUAAAGUUAAAGUGGGGCACAGUGACAUCUAGGGAAAGAAGGAAUCACCUAAGAAUCUGCCAAAGCCAGCCCUAUCAUGUAGUAGCAUGAGGUGAGCUUGAUCCAAAGGUACCUACCUGCAUGCGUUCAAAAGGACAAUGUGUGCAGAGAGUGCUCUGCUGCAUAUGCAGAUUCUGGAAUGACUGCCUGACCAGCUGCACUGUAUCCUCAUUUGUGCCAAUCUCCACAUGUGUAACAUUUUGUGCAUGCAACAAUAGAUCUGCAAAUCUGCAGCUGCAGGGCCAAGCUAACCCUGGACUUUGGCCCAAAUGGUGCCCUCUGGGUACAGAUUUGCUGAGCCACUGGUACACCAAUUGCUUUCUUGUCUGCUCCUCACUCAGGUUGAGUGCUGUAUGGCAAAGCUGUUGUUAUAGUGUGAAAAGCCACACCUGCCUUUUUCUUCAGGAACACUUUCCACACUGCUGGCUAAAGCAGGAGAAGGCAGGAAUCUACUCUUAAGGAUGUUCCUUGAGUGUUCGUGCCUUAGCCAUCAUUAUUGCAACAAAUUUCUCAAGCACAUUCUGCAACAUCACAGCGCCAGCCCAUUCUUUAAGCUGACAGUGUUCAUUUCUCCAAAAAGUAGCAGCAGGAGACUUUUAGGCUUAUAGUUGCUUUUAAAAACCAUAAGCAGGGAUAACAAAUGCAUCCUGGGAGCUUUGACAAAGUGAACCUGACAAGGAGAAGCACACGGUCUAUUCAUAAUCCAUUAUUUAGAACUGAAAAGGUGCCCAGCUAAAGCUUUUCCUGUCUUACCGCAGUGGUAGAGAACAGGGAAAGUUUCAGGAUUCCUUCUGCAACUAGUUUUGGGAGCACCCUUGAAGCGAUGUGCUUUCCUUCAUUCAUACAAAGAGAGAUCUCCAAAGUCCAAAGUCUGGAAUGAUAAAGAAUACAGUAAAGCGUCUUGAACAGGAGAUUCUUGUAAUGAGUGUGUAGUUCACUAAAUCAUAGAGUUGGAAGGAAUCCUAAGGGUCCCUAGUCCAACCACCUGCAAUGCAGGAAUCUCAACAAAUUCAGUCACUAUAUAGUUCAGUCCCUAGGUGGCACAGGUGAGGGGCUAUAGUUCAGUGGUAGAGCAUCUUCUUUGAAUGCAGGACAUCACAGGUUCAAUCUCUGGCAACUCCUGGUAGAGUUGGGAGAGGACCCUGCCUGAAAUCCUGAUGCUGUUAAUUAGUAUAGACCUCUCUCAACAUUGGUUCCAUAGAUGUCGUUGGACUACAACAACCAUCAUUCUUAACCAGCAUGGCCAGUGGUCAGGGAUGAUGGGAGGUGUAGUUCAAAAACAUCUGGGAACCCAAGGUUGAGAAAAGCUGAUGUAGACCAUACUGAGCAGGAUGAAGCAAUGGCCGGAUUCCUUAUCAGGCAGUUUCCUGCAUUCGUAUGUACAUUUAUGGAUGGAGUCUAAAGUUUCCUGUUGCUGUUUUGUUCUUGUUUAAGGGAGACAAGAAAGUUAUUGUCUAGUUUCCUGGCUGGUCUCUCUCUCUCAGCCUCCAAUAAGUGAGGCCCAGUUGCCAAUGCAGGGCUGAAACUGAGCCCAAACAUUUGACCCUCUGUUAGGACCAACACUUUUCAAAACCUUGCUGCAAACACACAUUCCUACUUCACCUAUCUUCUCAUGGUUGCUUCAUCCUGAAGCAUGGCAAGGUGUGUUCUGCCCAUUGCUUCCUCCCAGUGAUACCUUGCAGGUAUGGUUAAAAGGUGUUACAGCAGCUUCUAGCCCAGAAAUAAUCAGGUAGCACAAGGGUCCCUAUAGUAAGGUUACCAGACGUUCCCGUUUCCCAGGGACAGUCCCCAGAUUUACAAAUCAGUCCCUUGACAAAAUCCAUCCAUUCCGACUGAAGUUGGAAAGUGUCCCUGGAUUCAUUGAAAAAAAUCUGGGGACCUUACCCUAUACUUACUGUGAGAAGCCAAGUUACAGGGAACCAGGCAGAGGGCCUUCUUGGUAGUGGCACCUGCCCUGUGGAACACCCUCCCACCAGAUGUCAAAGAGAACAACAACUACCAGACUUUUAGAAGACAUCUGAAGGCAGCCCUGUUUAGGGAAGCUUUUAAUGUUUGAUGCAUUACUGUAUUUAAAUAUUUUGUUGGAAGCCGCCCAGAGUAGCUGGGUAAGCGCAGCCAGAUGGGCGGGGUAUAAAUAAUAUAUAUCUAAAUAAUAUAUUAUUAUUAUUAUUAUUAUUAUUAUUAUUAUUAUGCCCUACAAAGCAACAUCUGUUGUUUGGGUAUGGAUUAACCAUUCUGUUGCCUUCAGGAGACCAGCCUUGAGAGGUACUGGCAACUGGUUGCAAAACAAAACCCAUUAACUUCAGAGUACAGUGGUACCUCAGGUUACAUACGCUUCAGGUUACAGACUCCGCUAACUCAGAAAUAGUGCUUCAGGUUAAGAACUUUGCUUCAGGGUGAGAACAGAAAUCGUGCUCCGGCGGCGCGGCGGCAGCAGGAGGCCCCAUUAGCUAAAGUGGUGGUUCAGGUUAAGAACAGUUUCAGGUUAAGUACGGACCUCCGGAAUGAAUUAAGUACUUAACCCGAGGUACCACUGUAGCUUGUAAAGACAUAACAAUUCAAAUUCUAAGUGCUUUUCGCUGUCAAUAUAAAAAGACACCUGGAGUCAUGUGCAAUUUUGUACACGAUAUCUUGUUGCAUUUGACUGGGAAGUCUGAAUAGGAAAGGAAAUUCCAUGCCACACGCACAAAGCCACUCCUGUUCUCAACAUAGUUCUCUUUGAGUAUUCUUCACAAAGACCUCCUGCUCAGUUAGAAAGUGAUAACAGCACAACCUGAGCAAGGUCCUACACUAUCUUUGUGAUUUGGUUUAAGUGAAUCAUUAAGUCCAGCCUUAUCUAGCUAGAGCAAACAUGGAUUCUAGAAAUGGAUAACAAAUCUUUAUCUGUGUUGCAGGUCGCUGCAUUAAACGCCACCUUGUAUGCAAUGGAGAACCGGACUGCAGAGAUCAAUCUGAUGAGGCAAGUUGUGAGGAUGCUGAAAGAUUCUGUGAUGAUCUGGAUCCAGUCCCCGGGAUCAGUAAAGUUGCACAGGGGUGAGUUGCCAUACCCAAGUACUAUGGUUCUUACACAUGAUUUAAGCAUUGGGAAAUGUUCUCUUUAAUUUUAACUUGCUAUGUUGUGUAGUUUAGAGAACUCCCAAGUUUUAAAACUUCUUAAAUAAAGGAGAAAAAUUGGAGUCCAUGUGUUUAUUUAUUUUCAUCCACUUUGUCUUAUCAUUCAUGAGCAAAUUGUGCCUGUUUUGCUCUUCCACAUGAGCACUGGCAGAAAACAAACCAUGAUCCCUCACUCUGCAUUAAAUUCAGAUCAGGAAUUGUGGUUUGUUAUACUCAAACUACAAUUGAUGAGCCAAGAAGGAAACAAGAAGGAUUGUAUGGAGUGAAAGUGAGUCUCUCUCUCUCUCUCUCUCUCUCUCUCUCUCUCUCUCUCUCUCUCUCUCUCUCUCUCUCUCUCUCUCUCUCUCUCUCUCUGUGUGUGUGUGUGUGUGUGUCUGUGUGUGUGUGUAAGAGCUCUAGCAAACUCUACUUACAUGCCUGCUCCUGUCUCUUUUGCUCCUGAAAGAUACAAUAUCCUUACACAAAAAGAGGCUCAGAUAGUGUACGAUCCUGCAUUCUAUGGAGGCCAGUGUGAAUCUGUCUAUAAUGGAGAAUGGCGAGAAUUGAAGUAUGAUGCAGCAUGUGAACGUCUGUAUUACGGGGAUGAUGAGAAAUAUUUCCGAAAGCCAUAUAACAUCCACUACUAUCAGUUUCUUGUAAGUAUUUGUAGGCCAACAUUAUCGGUAAGGCUGAGUGGGCAAUUGGACCUCAGCCAAAUAUAGACCCUUGCAACACGUGAGCUCCUCUGAAGUUCCAUACCAUCUACUGCUACCUUUUAAAAAUUUCCACUGUCCAGAAUAUCACAUUAGCAUGUGAUAUCAGUUUUAGGUGUUGUAUAUUUUGGGGGGGCAUUCUCUUUAUUACAUAUUAUCCACAUAUCAACCAGAUAAUAUGUGAGUGCGGAAGCAUAUGCAGAUACCUCUGAACCCUUUCUAGCAGAUUUAUCUGUAAGACACUUACCAGUUGGGGCCCCCACGCAUCUUUCCUCUACCAAACUUGGACGCCACGUGCAAUGCUUUUGAUGUGCACACCCCUCUAUACACUGGGCACAAAUGGCUUCUCAAAAGUCUCCUACUUGAGGAUAGAGACAUCAGGGAGACCUGAUUUCUCCAGGGGAAGGAUAAAUUAUCCUACCAUUUCCCAGUGGUAAGGCUUACCGUUAGAAGUGACAGGAGCACAGCUCUUUUCUUUUGUGCCUCCUAAGUGGGGUUUUUUUGAGGGGUUGCUGCCACUGCAGGUGACAUGACACCUCUGGCAAAUGGCAGUCAGUGAUUGUGUUGGCAGCCUGGCCCCCAUUUUGUAUCUUCUGAAAUGGCCUGAACUCCGGCAUUGUUCUGGGGCACUGGGGUGGGGAAACAGUGGCCUCCAUCAAAAAAUGGCGGAAACAAUUCUGAAAAGUAGUCUCCUUUCUUCCACCAUGCCCUUCCUGAUCACAUGUUUAAUCAGGGGGGUGGGAGCAGGGAGGAAGAAGGAAUGGCAGUGGAAACACUCCAGCUGAGAACAGAGGGCUUGCUGCUGCAGGUCCUGCUUGUCCAGGGUCUUCAGGAAGGCUCUUGAAAGGCAGUUCCCUGCAGCAUCAAAACCCCCGAGGGUUGCAUGCGAAGAUGCUCUCUGCUCUCUGACCAAGAGCAUGGAGCUCUGAUUGAAUCCUCUGUGGGCUGCACAGGGGUCCGUGCACAAUUCUCUUGAAAGCGCUCUUGCAGAGGGCUUUUGGGCAGCCCCUUGCUUCUGGUUGAGCCUCUGAAAACCCGGACUGAUCAGGAUUUCAGCCCCAUUCAUCAGCUGAUGAACAGAGAUUGAAUCCCGCUGCCUUGGUUGCACAGCCCUGUUCCCUGCUGGAAACUGGAGUAUGUGACCAAUGCAGGAUUUAACCCCGUCCUCCCACACUGUGGUAGCAGGAAAUGGGCAUGGCUUUAGGGAAAAUGGCCUUGUGGCCCAAACUGGGCUCCCUGGUAGGCGAGGAUUGGCCAAAGAAGUAGAAGUUCCCCAGCCUCAUUAUAGAGGCUAACCACACAGACACUUCAUCCAGUCAUAUAAAAUCCUUACAAAAAUGCAACAAUGAGUUAAAACAAGAUGUCAUCCUGGUGCAUCAUUUGAAACGAUUAUGCCACCAAACUUUAGCAUUUUUUUUUUAAAAAGUCUUGCAGUACCACUGAAAACUGCUCAGGCUUGGUUUUUGUUGAGUCUCCAGAGCAAAGGAGAAUCAUCCCCCAUUAAGCCAAUAUGCUAAUCUAAAAUAUCUCCAUCCAGCUAAGAUGUUUCUCUUUUCAUUUCAGGCACAUGCUGAUUCUGGCUUUUCUUCAGAGUAUUUUGAUGAUGCCAAGGACCUACUGAAUGCCAUAAAAAAGGACACCUCUCGAAGUUAUGGCUUUACAUUUGGCAUAAGCCCUGAAGAUGUCCCUUUGACUCUGAGUAUAGGCAUUGGCUUAUCAAAGGGUCAGGGGACCCUGAGAAAUUUUACUGAAUACGCAGCAAAGGUAAUGAGAAAGCAGGCGGAGGGGCCUUCUUACUCCUGCGAUGCUAAAUCGCCCAAACACUCUGUUACUGAUAUUGCUUUAUUUCCCUGCCCACAUGUUUUCCCCUUGAAACAAUAAUCAUCCUACCUUAAUUUGUUCAUGUAAUUGCACGUGUGAUCAUUAGCAAUUCUGUUUGCCUUCCUUAUUACACUGAAGCAAACAGAAGCAUUGUAAUGGGAAUGAAAUUGAAUUACAAGUAGAACAACGCAUGCCAUCUCGCCCCAUCCCUCCUGUUUCAUGGUGACAUUAAGUAUAUAAAUGAGUAAGUGCUUGGAGUGGCGAACAGAGUGGGGGAAUUUAAAGAACUGCACAUCAGCAACAGUUGUCUUUGGGGAACAUGUCCCAAUGUCACAAAUAUAUCUUGUUUAAAUUAGUGCAAACCUGAGUGAAUGGCUGCGAGAAGCAUUUGUUUUCUUAAUGGAUAUGAAAUCUUUGGGAAAUCCAGAGAUGUAAACAGAACUGGGCUUUGUGUUUUGUCUUGCUUAAGCGUGGAAACCUUGUGUAAUGGGUAGUUGCAAGCAGGGACCUAUGGUAAAAAAAGGUAAAGGACCCCUGGAUGAUUAAGUCCAGUCAAAGAUAACUAUGGGGUCUCUUGCUUUUCAGGCCAAGGGAUCCAGCAUUUGUCUAUGAACAAAUGGAUGAGGGAGCACAGAUUGAAUUGUAAGGGAGCAGAAAAACUACCUCCCCAAAUUAAAUUAUCAGCUCUGCAACCCUUGCAAGCCCUUUGAUGUCUGAAGAAUACUUUCCUGAAGUUCCUGAAAGGAUCUGCAGGGAGAGGGGCAGUUAGGCUUGGAGAAUUCAUAGUACAUGGCAUGUAUCCUUUGGUCCCUGCCUUGCAUAUCACCACUAGCUGUCCUCAAGGUCAUAAUUAAUGGUAAAGGGACCCCUGACCAUUAGGUCCAGUCGUGGCUGACUCUGGGGUUGCGGCGCUCAUCUCGCUUUACAGGCCGAGGGAGCCAGCAUACAGCUUCCGGGUCAUGUGGCCAGCAUGACUAAGCCGCUUCUGGUGAACCAGAGCAGCACACAGAAACGCCGUUUACCUUCCUGCUGGAGUGGUACCUAUUUAUCUACUUGCACUUUGACGUGCUUUCAAACUGCUAGGUUAGCAGGAGCAGGGACCGAGCAACAGGAGCUCACCCCAUCACAGGGAUUCGAACCGCCGACCUUCUGAUUGGCAAGUCCUAGGCUCUGUGGUUUAACCCACAGCGCCACCCACGUCCCCUAAGGUCAUAAUUACAUAACCAAAACUCUGUAGCUUAGGAUUGUUCCACAAAGAAAAGAAAGAUAUAGUCAGCCCUGCAACAGGCGAGAUCUUUUCAUUCAUUCGUACUCUAAUACUAGAGUUGCUUCUCCAUCUUUAGAAAUUAUUUCCUUCAGUUUGCUGUUUAAUCAGAUGAUCAUUAUCCACAGCAUCAUUUUAGAUCACCAACUGGGAAAAGUUCUCAAGCAUACCAACAUGUGUUGCUUCAUGCUUGAAAUAAACUGGGAUUGUAUAAAAUGGGGUAGAAAACCUUGUUCACUCUGAGGGUCACAUUCUCCUGUGGAGAACCUGCUAGGACCCACAUGCAAGUGAUGCACAGGGCCAGAGGCCAAAGGAUGUGACUCUUCCCUUUGUAUAGCAGGCUACGUUCUAGCUAUGCAACACUCAGAGGUUUAUACCCACACACUCCUUUUUGUCCAGGCUUCAAGGGAGUUUAUCACUGUUCAAACACAUUGUAGCUUGGCAAUAAAAUUUGAGGGGGGUGCAGAGUAGGCUGGUAAGGAGCAUGGUCUGGCGAGGGGGAACUGCCUAAGAAAGAAGAAGAGGAGGAGGAGGAGUUUGGAUUUGAUAUCCCACUUUAUCGCUACCCUAAGGAGUCUCAAAGCUGCUAACAAUCUCCUUUCCCCUCCUCCCUCACAACAAAGAGUCUGUGAGAUGAGUGAGGCUGAGAGACUUCAGAGAAGUGUGACUGGCCCAGGGUCACCCAGGAGCUGCAUGUGGAGGAGCAGAGAUGCGAACCCGAUUCACCAGAUUACAGGUCUACCGCUCUUAACCACUACCCAAGGGCCAGGUAGAGAGGUAUGGAGGGCCAAAUUUGCCCUCCCCCCAAGGUUCUGCACCCCUGGUAUAAGAGCACAGCCUUGCCCUAUUGGUCUCUUUUGGUGCCCACCAAAAAGAAAGAAGGAUAUAACUUCAGAAAAAAGUGGGUAAACUAUGUAUUUUGCCCUGCUUCAUCUACAGAAUGUUGGAUUUAUUCGAGCUCUUACCAAAGUACAGACAGCCCGUUUCAAGAUGAGAAGAGAUGACAUCGUCCUGGAUGAGGAGAUGCUUCAGUCUCUGAUGGAGCUUCCAGAUCGGUACAACUACGGAAUGUAUGCCAGGUUCAUUAAUGAGUAUGGCACCCACUUUAUGACAUCUGGGACCAUGGGAGGCAUAUUCGAAUACAUCCUUGUGGUCAACAAAGAUGAGAUGAGAAAAAAAGGUUUGCAGGUUUAAUUUAUUCUACCCGCUUGGCACAUUGUAGGAUGCUAGAAACUAAUUUCUUGAUACACGUGAAGCAUAUUGAUCAGCAGUAUGUUGUAAUGACCCAGAAACUCAAGAUUCCUAUUCAACACACUGCUCUUUUAUUCAAUGAUGUUAUGAACUUGCAUGCCCAAACUUGUUUCUUGGAAUUAAUAAAUAAUUUCCUUCCAAGUAUAGCAAAAAUAACAGCAAUGAUAACUCCAGGAAUUUCUUGUCUUUAGCCUUGAAAUUUCUGCAUUUCAAAGCACACGAGACAGCAUCCUGCAGACAGACCUAGAUAAAUUCAAAAGCAUUUCUUGACUCAUAAAGUGUAAACAAACAAUGUUUUUGGCAUUGCACCUACCAUUUUACACAAGGUGGCUUUCAAACUGCAGAAUGACAGAGUUCUGCUAGCUUCAGCUUUCAGCAAAUGAAGGCAUCCAAAGACAGCAUAGUUCUGCCUACACUUUGUGUUCAUGUAGCCAAGCUUCUGCAGUUGUUGCCAUGCACAUUUCAUGAUAGUUGAAGCAUAAAGCCUUCUAAUCAUCAAUGGGAAAUUUCCUAUAAUAACAUGAUUCUCUUGUUCAUUUUUGCAAAGCCAUCUACUGUGUUGUAAAACCCAGAACCUGCUGUGCCUUUGGUGAUACCAGUAUAUUAGUUAUUCACAUUCUCUUCCAAAGGUUCUGGUUUGGUGACUUCAUUCUGGGAUUCUCUAUGGAAAAGGGUGACAUCAGCAACACCAGGCUUAGCCAGGUAUCUCUAAUCUUAGGAAGACUAGUUCAGCAUCCCUGGUCUUCACAGUGUGUCUUGGCUCCCACCCAAAACAUAGCAGCAGGUGCACCUGGCAAGGAAGCAAUGCUUUAUUAAAGCAGAUUAACAGCGCAGAUUCAGUUGCAAGGAAAGAUCCAGAUAUAGUCCAGAAGGUUUUGCAAGGCAAAGGGUUAGCAGGGAAAGUCUGGCCUAAGAGCAAGGGCUAGGGUUCAUGAAUCCAAGAUAAGUAGUGAGAAUUGCAUAGCUGCACAGGAACUGUGAAGUUUUUCCAAGAAGUUUCCCCACCUACUCACCAAGCAGAGGCAGAGAAUGCCCAGGUACUCACAAGAAUAUUGGUUCUUUGCAGAAACUCCUGGCACAUAAUUAAAUGUGUGUAAGUUUAGGGGUUACUGUCCUCAAAGUGAAUCCUGACGCACUGUAGCCUUUGUUUAUUUAUUUGAAUGAUUUAUAUCCCAGCUUUCUAUGCUGAAGUGUACUUAAGGUAGCUCAUAAUAAAGCAAAUUGGCAACACCAUCAUGGGCAGGGACCAUCACUAGCAACUCACUAGCAAGUUGUGCACUCUGUUAUUGCUCUCUUUGUGCCACUGCCUACGUCUUUGUCAAACCUAGAUUAGGGUCAGCAGGAUUCCCAGUGAUUUUCUGGAUGAGUUUCUCUGUUUCCCAUUUUUCCAAUCUUUCCAAUCUCAGUUCUCCACAUUUCCACAACAGCCUGUGAUUAUCUUUUUUUUUUUUUUAAACCCUCCUAAAACUCACUGGCAUUAUAGUGACGAUUUCUCCUAAUAUACACAUAUUUGUAUGCAGUUCUGCCUAAUAUACAUUUUUGCAAAGCAAUUUCAUCCCUAUUAUAGUGCAUUUUCAUCUGCUAUUUUCACUAACGUUUAUACACUCUUUACCACCAUAUUUAACUUUUUUGUACACAUUCCUUGGCUGGAGAACUGCAUUUCAAAAUUUGGAAGAAAUGUGAAUUUUGAAGGAGGCCUGUAUUUGAGUCCUUUUAUUGUUUAGGAAAGUGUGGAUUAGGUCAGUUCACCAACUGAAUUGAAUCCCCGUUCCUGCUUGGGAGUAGGGAGACUGCUAUAAAAUUCACGGUCCCCUGCCAGCUGACUGCAGCCUAUCAUCCCUCCUUCUCUCCCGUUCAUUUAUUUGUCCUUAAUAUUCUUGGGAAAGUGUCUUUCCUGGACAUGAAGGCUGAAUGAUAAAGAAAAGAGCUUGCCAAGAGGGGCUUCAGGAAGCUGACUGCCAAGUGAAGAGGAAGAAUGAAUUAGCAGCAUCUAGACAGAACCAUUAUUUUACUUUAUAUUUUGCUUACUGUAUUUCAAAAGUGCUGUGAUUUAUUGCAACAAGAUGGCCCUACUGUAAGGAAGAGGGAAGUUGAAGUUCUAAAAGAGACAAAAAAUGUGUCCCAGAACGGACAUAAUUUUUACUUUUAUGUAGGAUACUUGUAUAAUUUCAUCUACAGUGCAUACCAUAAAAAGAGGGCACAUUUAUCAAGCUGGUGCUCUGGUUAAGUGCUACAUUGAGUAAGGAGACGCAAAUCAAUGGUUCAGCGAACAGCAGCCCUUUGCUUCAGCACGGCCUGCGUCUGAAAGCAAAUGUUUUCUUGAGAAUUAUGGGUUUGUUUCCCUUCUUUUAAAUAUGCUGGUGAUGGAUGCAACUGGUACCCACUCCGGCAUGGAUGGCCUGAUGAAAUGCUGCAGAAAAUACAGCCUCGAGGGCUUGACUGCUGAAGCUUGCCUUCAUGGUCAGGGUCGGAGCAAUUGCUAGAUUAAGACUGUGAUCCUAUGUACAUGUAAAGGUAAAGUAAAGGGACCCCUGACCAUUAGGUCCAGUCAUGACCGACUCUGGGGUUGCGGCGCUCAUCUCGCUUUAUUGGCCUAGGGAGCCGGCGUACAGCUUCCAGGUCAUGUGGCCAGCAUGACUAAGCCACUUCUGGCAAACCAGAGCAGCGCACGGAAACGCCGUUUACCUUCCUGCUGGAGCGGUACCUAUUUAUCUACUUGCACUUUUGAUGUGCUUUCGAACUGCUAGGUUGGCAGGAGCAGGGACCGAGCAACGGGAGCUCACACCGUUGUGGGGAUUCGAACCGCCAACCUUCUGAUCGGCAAGUCCUAGGCUCUGUGGUUUAACCCACAGCACCACCCGCGCCACUCCUAUGUACAUGUACUUGGCAGCAAUUUCGCAUAGCUGCCCAUUCUGGCUUCUGAAAUUUAACCAGAUAUUGCCCAUGUACUUUCAAGCAUGUUUUUACAGUUGCAAGGCAGAAGAUCCCAGAUUCAAUCUCUGUUAUCCCCAGGGAGACCCCCCAGGGAGCUGCUGCCAGGCCGUGAGCGAGAGAGACCAAUGGUCUGACUUGGUAUGAGAAACCUUGGGCUAUUCCAUUUGAUUUUUUCUUCUUUUAAUGAAAGCAGAACCUUGUACCCACAAAACAAAUGCUACACUUGGGUGUAUGUAGAACUGCAGUUGCAUACAAUCCUAGCUUUUUAAAAUCUGAUUACAGUUACUGUGGAUAAUAAUAAUAAUAAUAAUAAUAAUAAUAAUAAUAAUAAUAUCAUUUAUACCACGCCCAUCUGGUUGUGUUUCCCCUCUGGGUGGCUCCCAACAGCAUUAAAAACGCAGUAAGACAUCAAACAUGAAAAACCUCCCUAAACUUGUUAGAAAAGAUAAUAAUGAAAGUGGUGGGAUUCCCCAUGCUCACCUGAACGCUGGUUGGUCACAUUGCUGCUGGUGGAGAGGGAGGUGGCAGCAAGGUUGGUGUGGUGCAAAUGCACCGGCAGGUGACCAGAUUGACUCCAGUGUACCUCACCCACGUCACAGCCACCACACCCCUCCCUCUCUACCUCCCAGGGAGCAGCAGUGAUGUGGCUCAUCUGAGCUCAGGUGGAGCAGUGGUGCCUUACCACAUGGUCCACCAAGGAAUGAAAUGAACCUGUCAUUUGUUAUGAAAAGGAGGGUUUGUUGAUCUGCAAGGAAGUUAGAGGAAAGCAGGAUCCUCGUGAGCAGCCCCAAUGUUAUCUUUUACUCUUUCUUUCAAAGGAAAAUGCUUUUGUUUUACGACUUCGCUGAGAAACAAUGCAAUUUACUUGUGGUUUAUCACUACACAGAAAGCGAUUUUUCCCCUUUUGUGAUUAAUUCAAAAAUUAAAAGCAUAAAUCAAUCUAAUUGGUGGGCCAUAUUCAUAUCAUUGGAUUUGCAUCCCGUAAUAAGCAAUCUUGUUUACUCCUUCCUUAAAUUGCCAAUAUUUUGUAUGAUCAUCAUUUUGCUGCUUCUGCUGCAUUCAGAUUGAUCAGCCUUGGAUUCUUCCCCCCUGUGGCAACCAAUAACAAAUUGUAUUGACUGGCCUUUGCUGAAAAUAAUUACUUAACAGGAACAAUAAUAUAUCAAUUAAUCAGAGUGUAGUUCAACUUUAAUUUUAUGGCACUCAAACAGUGAUAAACAAUAAUCAUUCCUAUUGCUUACAGUAAAUAUAUUUCACUCGGUUGUGUUGUUAACAGUUGUAGACUAGUUAAGCACAAGCCAUUGAAUACUAUAGAUUUAUUAAUACACUGUCAGCAAGCAGCAAAUGAAUAUAAAUUCAGCAAUUGGGGGAAUUUGUUUUAUUAGCUGUGGUAAAGAACUGACCAAGCUAUAACUUUAUUGAGAGCCUUCUCACUAGGGAGCUAGAAGCCCUAACUUCUGUUAAUUAGAAGUCUUGCCAAAAAGCACAAGCCCCACAUCUUAACAUGUACACUUUCUGGAUUGAAAAACAAGCAAAAUUCCAAACUGUGGGUUAAAUCUGGUAUCUGCUUUAACUAAAAUCUCAUAACAGUAGCUGUUUUGGAUUAAAAUUUGCCAUUCAUGUGUUCCCCUUUUCUCCCUCAGUCUCUGCCUUCAUUGCGGCUGCAAGGAGAAUACAGUGGUACCUCGGGUUACAUAUGCUUCAGGUUACAGACUCUGCUAACCCAGAAAUAGUACCUUGGGUUAAGAAUUUUGCUUCAGGAUGAGAACAGAAAUUGUGCUCCGGCGGUGCAGCGGCAGCAGGAGGCCCCAUUAGCUACAGUGGUGCUUCAGGUUAAGAACAGUUUCAGGUUAAGAACAGACCUCCAGAACGAAUUAAGUUCUUAACCUGAAGUACCACUGUAAUUCAGAAGCUUUCGCUUUCAUUUUUAAUUAAACACAGUUUGUUGUUUCAUUCAAAUGUGACAAACUGUGGUUAGUCUUAACUAUGGAGUGGAAGAAGCUGCCUUGUUUCAACGAGCCAUACUUAUGGUUCAUCACAGUUUAAAAGCUUCCAGUCUCCUCGUGGCCACACCAGAGGGGAGGGGAGGAGAAGCAUGCAAGCCUAGAGUUUGCUCUGGAUCCUUUCCAUUAUAAUGUUCCAUGGUUUUAUAUAGUAUUUACCCCUUUGUCCACAUAUAUCCAACUUCUCAAUGGCUGAUUAGAGGCACUUGUGAUUUGGGGUGGGGCCAGGGAAAGUCUUUGCCCAGGUCCCUUCUUGUCAUGCUAAGGUUGCAGUGGUGUGUAUACCAGUAGUGCUAUUUUACAUUUUGUACAAUCCCUAAGCACAAUGUUAGCAGCACCAAAGCAAAUAAAUAACUUGAGUAGCUGGUAGUCCUUCUUGUGACUCUGAUCCACACUGCUGGUUGGUACAUCCCCUUCUAAGUACAUGGUGCAGCAUGCCACACUGAUAGCCAGAUACUAAAGGGAGGUGAAAGGGGACAUGACCCAGCAGAGAGCAUUGAGCAACAUUGCUUAUGAUCUGUUGAAGAAAUAUCACCCUUUACAAUUGAUGGGAGACAAACAGGGCUCCACAGGGCUCCUCCUAUGUUUCAAGAAGAAGAAGAAGAAGAAAUCAAUAGACGUUCGACUGCUGACUCCAAUGGAAAAUGAAUGAAGUUCUUUGCCUGUCGUAACAUCAAUGUAACCAAAUGACUGCUGAGCCUUUUCGCAGAAAAUUCUCUCAAAAUUGAGAUUACAAAUCAGUGUUGGAAUGUGUAGCUUCAGUUGCCCUCACACAUUUCUUGGUGGUGUUUCUAACCUUUUUGGGCUGGGGCUUUAUACGGUGGCAACUGUAGAAUAAAAUUUAUAUUGUUUUCAGAAAUCAGAAUUGUACUUACUGCUUCACUGGUGAUAGCUUUCCAGGUUCCAGCUAUUGAUUUUUUCUUUCUUUCUCCCUCGGACAGUGACUAAUGAAAAGUAGCUCAAAUGGAACUGUACGUUUUCGAGUUAUUGUUUGCAUACAUGUAUUGAGUAACAUCAUAACACUUGAAGAUUUAUAGUCAGUAUCUAGGGAUAUAAAACUGUGAUUGACACUUGCCUUCCCUCCCUUUCCUCAGGGGUUACAAGGGACAUGGUAAGCUCCUGUUUUGGUGGAUCGUUAGGGUUAAGCUAUAACCUUGACGAUGCAGACAUAACCAUAGGUGCCAAGGUGUCCUUCGAACGCUGCUCAAAGGAUGCAGGCCAAAACACAGGUAGGAAAUGCAUCCACAUUUUCCAAAAACCUCUCCUUCUUUUUCUUAUUUGAAAAGGGUGUAUUUGCCUUCCAGGGAAGUUGAAUCAUUUAGUAAAGUCAUUCUUUUGUAAUCACAAGGACCACACCCACAAGAACAGUCCUAUACCUCUCCACUUUCUUCCAAUGGGGCUGGUGUAGUGGAAAGUGCUGUAGAAGCCAGUGGGACCUACUUCCAUAUCGUGUUUGGGGAGAGGUGCAUUUGAUAAUGAUAAUGCUUAAUAAUAAUAAUAAUAAUAAAUUUAUUUCUACCCCAGCCAUCCUGCUAGGUCUCCCCAGCCACUCUGGGUGGCUUCCAACAGGUUAAAAAUACAUUAAACCAUCAGUUAUUAAAAACUUCCCUAAACAGGGUUGCUCUGUUAAGUGCUCAUGACGCUUCAUUCAUGCAAGGCACUCAAUAUGGAGCUUCCAUUGUGCUUGAUCAGGAGGAUGCAGCUAGGGCAGAAUGCUGCAGCACAGUUCCUGACAGGAGUGAGACCCUGUGCUCAGAGGAAAGACAUGCCUGUUCAUGGCGCAUUCACUUAGCUGCUACCAACACCACCAUUUGCAACCUUAAUGUCAUCCUAUGUGUCCCGUUAGUAAAACAAACAAACAGCAAAUAAUUUAAUUUAAAAAUCCUUCAUUGUCUGGCAUUUUCGGGCACUUUUACCACCUACAGCUGAAAAAGUGCAAUGCAUGCGAUGCUAUUAUGAUACUGUUAUUACUCUCAUCUUGAAUUGCCUUUAAAUAAAACAAAUAACAAAUAAAAUAAAGAUCCUCCUAAGUGAGCUCAGGAGCACACAAGUGGCAUUUGAGCUUCCUUUGGCAUCUUACCUCUAUGAGUGUCUGCUAGGCCAUUGCCUUGUAAUAGCGCCUUGCAGGCAAAUGUCCUCCACCAAGUCACCUUGACGAACCAAUUUUGACUCCACUAGUGGAUUCAUAGAAGCGAACAGUAAUCCAUUUCAUUGUCCAACUUUCCAGACACUCAAAAGGAAAAGGCAGUCAUCGAGGAUAUUAUUCCCCGGGUUCGAGGCGGAGACGCAGCCUCGAUUGGAAGGCUGAUGGGAAGCUGGAACGCCAAUGCAUACCGUUAUUGGGGGAGGUCAUUAAAACUUAAUCCCACUGUUAUUGAUUUUGAGGUAAGCCUUUUUCUUUCAGUUGUAGAAAUGCCACAUCUCCAAAGGAUUGAAAGUGUACUAGACCAGAUCAUUUUAUAUUUUUAUUGCUAUUCCAUCUUAGGACAGGAUUAAAUGUAAUGGGCCACUGAUCUGCUGACCUAUUUCACAAUGAGCAAAUGCAUUUUUUUAAAGCAGCGCCUUCGAAGCAAGGGAGAUAAGACACAGAAUCUAUCUCGAACAUCGAAGUUUCAGUUCAUUGCAAUAUGGCGACUAGCUUGUCAAAAAGAAGCUUUAAACAGUCAUAUUCAUCCAUGUUAUAUAAUUCUUGGAAAGGGAGAAGCAGAAUCGUGCAUAUUCCCCCCUCCCCAGGAUACCAAGUGCAGCUCUAAAGCAGGCAUGGCCAAACUUGGCCCUCCAGCUGUUUUGGGACUACAAUUCCCAUCAUCAGGACCAGUGGUCAGGGAUGAUGGGAAUUGUAGUCCCAAAACAUCUGGAGGGCCGAGUUUGGCCAUGCCUUCUCUAAAGAAUCUGCAGAAGGAUUCAUAUGCACAGACAGGUGACAUGGAAGUGGUGCAGGAGACUUGUGGAGUGGACUUGUGGAGCAAUGCAUAUUAACAGGUCCUGCUGGGGCUAUGGGGAGGCAGUGUUGUAAUCCAUCCAUAUCGGAUUUCUAAGGCAGGCUAGCUGUGCAGCACCAAGUGAGCAGCUAGCUCCACAAAUGGCUAGAGGUGAGUGGAGGCCUUAAGAAUCUCUUCCCACAGCCCAUGUUUCUCAAGCUUUAGCCCCUGGUUUGAAGACUGUGUGGUUGUAAAAGGGACAGCCCUGUUGCCCAAAGGGGGUGUGCAACCUGUCUGUUGCACACCCUGCAGCAUUGGCAGUACCAGAAGCUCCUGAUUUCUCUGCUGAGCCAGGCUUGGUGGGGUGGCACCUAUGAGAGUUCUGACUUGGGAGCUGAGAAAGAAGCCAUGAUGUGCUCUAGAAGGUCCUCCUCCAGAGCAAGGCGUUGUGAGUGAGGCUGCAUGGAUGGAGCCUGCACCACUACUCCUUUGCUGCAAUGGGGGCAAGUUACUAUUUAAAGUGACCUAAAACCAUUAUACUUGUUUACCACCGUCAUCCAGUGCACUGUGGAUGAUCUCACCUAUAGUGCCUCACUCUGAAGAAGGACCCCUCUGAGCUGCUGCUUUGUUGGCUGUUGUGUGGACAAGCGAAUGGGAGGGAGCUUCAGAGUGAGGCACCCGGGGAGGAAGGUUGAGGUGAUGGGGUGAUGGUGCUUUGUUUUUGAGGCUUAUCACGAGAAAAGGCUCUUAGCAGUUCCUGGGUAUUCUCUGCACAGAUCUUCCAUUAAUGCUGCCCAAAACACACUACUGUUUGCCUGCAGCCUACUCUAUAACCUUUAAAUGGCUGCUGCAGGAGCUCUGCCAGCUUGUAGUUUUGGAGCGGAUUCAAGCACCCAAUAAUUAGUUAUGUCCACUUGAAUGUCCCCUUAUCUUGACUCAUGGUUGUUUGCUAAAAGGCCUUGUGUAAAUAUUGUUUCGGAACAUCAUUUUUCAAGGCCAUGUCGCAGCUCUUCUGUGGAAAUCCCUACCACCCUUGUGAAGUACAGAAAGCAAAACCUCUGCAAACAGACUGUCCUGUGUGGUCCCGGCAGCUCUAAGCAUUAUUUGUAUCUAUAUCUUGCUCUUCGCUGUUCCUUCUUGGGGGGCUCACUGUCCUCCUUUGCGCACGUGCACAUACACACCCACCUACACACCCACCCCAGGAUGACUGUUUGACUGAGGGUUGAGACAAAAUAGUUUCCCUGAUCAGGUGCAGAGCAAUCCUGGUUUUCUGUGGUUGGUUUUUCGCUUUGCUCUGCAAGAAGUUGUUUUUCACUGGUUAAGAUGAGCUGCUGCCCCGGCAGCAUAUUUCUGCAGUGUUCCUGCUCUCUGCUUGUGGUACAUUAUGGCUUGUGCGGCAAAGACUGGUCGUGAGGAUGCUUGGCCCUUCUGUGGGUGUGGGUGCCUUAUGCCUUAUGCCUUAUGCCUUAUGCCUUAUGCCUUAUGCCUUACGUCACACCAUAAUGGAGGAGGUUGUGACCAGGUGAGUUGCAUGCAAGCUCAGUCUACUGUCCAAGUCCUGACUAUUGCAGGGCAACUUCAAGGUUCCUGCUCACACUUCCUUCUUACGGUUCCUUAAAACUUGGGCCAGAAAUCCCUUCAAAUUUCUUCAGUCUUCCAAUAGCCUUUCAGAUAGAGGGCUGAUCUCUGUAAAGUAGGACAUAUGACCACUCUGGAGUGUGUGAGGUGUCCUUAGUAAGUGAGAAGUUUUCUUCAGGCCUCCCACUGCCCAGCAUUGUCAGGUAGCCUACCAAAGGGCUUUCCAAGCUACUGUUUGACAGUUCUUCUGCCAGUUUUGAGAAGCUAUUCCUCCUGGGUAUUGCAUUCCCAACCCUUUACCCAUCCAUUAGCAACGUCACGGAUAAUUCCCCAUCUGUUAUUCCACAGCUGCAACCCAUAACUGAAAUACUGCCUAGAACCAACCUUGCCAAUACUGAAGCCAAAAGGCAAAACCUGAAGAGAGCUUUGGAUGAAUACUUAAUCGAGUUCAGUGCUUGCCGCUGUGGGCCGUGCCAGAACAACGGUGAACCGGUGCUGAUGGGGUCCUCCUGUGUUUGCGAGUGCCAGCAGGGUUCAGAAGGCCCAGCGUGUGAGAACACAAGACAGAGGGGUAAGGUGAAACCAUUGGAGGGAAAGGUCUGCUGAAUACAUCAUUCUGACUCUGGCUAAUUGAUACCUCCCGAGAUCUAUCCAUCAAUCAACACCUCCUUUCGAUGCCUUUGAUCAUCUUGCAUGCCAGGCAACCUAAGGGGCCUUAUACAGGAAUAAAAUUAACAGCUCAAGUGAUUAUAAUAAGUAAGCCAGGUUAAGCAAAGAAGGUUUUAGAGGUAACAAAUGUUCCAGUGUCAUAAAUCAUACCAGAGGCGGCAGGACCUGAGCCAAAGUAUGGCACCAACUGAAUAUUAAUGUUAAAGUCUUGCAGCCUCAUCCCUGGGGCAGAUGUGGGUGUGCCUAAGCUGAUUUAUUUCAGCAGGUUUUGGAGCACCUAGGUCUGCAUAGGAUCAGGCCAGUCCUCUUGGCAAGUCUUGCUCAAGGUGCCUUUGCAAGGUUGCAUUUCUUGUCUUUAAGUUUCUACUCAUAAUGUAUUGUGUCACAGGUCGUCCAACGGAUGGUGGUUGGAGCUGCUGGACACCAUGGACUCCCUGCCAAGCUGGAUCUAGAAGGCGGACAAGACAGUGUAUCAACCCAGUUCCUCAAAAUGGUGGAGCCAUGUGCGCAGGGAAGAGUGUAGAAAUACAGGGAUGCUAACAUCUUAUCAUGAGUGGGUUAAUGAGUCGGGUUGCCAAACAAGAAAAUGAUGGUAUGAGUGCUGAGUCAAAUGCAUUGGGCCAUUAAUAUCUGUGAUAAAGGUGACCAGCAGAAUGAAUAAAGGGGGGGAAUUGGGGGGCUCAUUUCUUAGGGGCUAACAACUAUGGCAGCUAUUCUAGUUGUCAUGUAUAAGGCUGCAAUGAAAAGGAAUAUAGUUUUUUUUUCUUCCCUAAAACAAAAUAUGAAAGGAGAGGGACUGCAAUUAAUAUUACUGGCCUGUAAUAUUACAGAUUGACAGUUACAACAGGGCUGUCCAGAAGCUCACCCUCCACGUGUAUAUUCAGUGUGUAGAGCAGCACUGAGUGUAGAUGAGCUGCCUCAGGGUUACGGUUGUGCAAUUUCCUCCACCAUGAGACCUGCUUGCAACUAAUUCACUUCCACGUUUCCAUGAUGUGGCAAGUGUGGAGUCAGUUGGAAACUGUGCAUGGAGGAACAAGGUGUUACACAACCACUUCACUACAAGGCCAAGUGGAUACAACCAGAGUUUAUUGUGUCUGUAAAUCUCACGGCUGAUUCAUAUAACCACUUUUUAUGCCCCUCCCCCUUGCUGCUAUGACUGGGUCAUUUCAGCAGUCUAACAAAGCCCUGUUUUCCUUAUUUAGCCUCCACAAAAGGCCAUUUUGUGUUAGUUUUGCAAUAGUGUGCUAAAUCAGGAGCUCAUGCACGUAGUUUAACACGGCCAUUUUCCUUCCAUAGUAACAAAAAUGUUACCCUGGAUGGGAGAAAAUGGUCCUAGGUAUGGUCAUGUGAUGAUUGGGUCCUCACAGUCUUCAAAGACUGUCUAUUGAAAGCCUGAGUCCUGUUAGGACAUUUUGAUGCGGCAUUUCCUUCUCAGACUCAUGUAGAGAUACCUUGGUGGGGUGAGAAUCGCAAUCACUGAGCAGACCAUAUACAUUGCCUCUUCCAUUCACCACCAUCAAGUGAACAAAUUUCUGAAACAAAGCAAUCCUCAUCCUUACAUGGUACUUAGAUUGUGCAAAGAAUAUUGCACCCUUAUAUGUUGUGCUUCUUCUAAGUACAAUUGAUUCCACUUGAAUAGCCCUUCCAGACAAUUAGUCCCCUAGGUCUUCAAUCCCAAAGGAAGCCUUAGCAUCCUUUUUUAAUCUCUCUCUCUCUCUCUCUCUCUCUCUCUCACACACACACACACACACACACACACAAUACUUCCCAUGGAAUCACACAACCCAAGCAUUUGACCCAGAAUUCAGUGCAACUCUUUUGGCAGUCAUAUCAAAACACAUUCUGUAAAUUCUUCCGAUCUGGUUAUGAAAUCUGGUUCUGAAAUGUUGGCAGCAGAUAGGCACUUUUAAAGAAAGUGGAUCAAUCUGAAUUGUUACAAAGUAAAGAUAAUAAAUGCAUUUUUUUUAAAAAAAAACAACACCAGAUGCCACUUAUGUCAGAACUACAUAACAUAUAGUGCAGUGCAUGCUUACAAGUAGGCAGAGGAAAAAUGCUCCACAGGUACCCUCCAUCCUAUACUUGCAUCACAGAGAGCUAUACAGAAAGGAAAGAAGGGCUCAUACACACCAGUCAUCUAAUUCGGUCACUUGAUACAUUUGCUAAUGGUAUUAACUGUUUAUUUGCUUGAAAAAUGCCACAUUCCUGAUUCACAUAGAAUGGACUGGAUAUUGAAACAGGGGUGAAUAGUGGACAAGAAAACCUGAAUAAUGUUUUACUUUUGUUCCAAGCAGAUACACUGCCAACUUCAAAGAUUCUAAAAUCCAGGCUGCUAUAAUUUUUAAUAUAACGUGAUGAUGAAUAAAAGAAUCAUAGCCACAUGCAGCCUGUCCACAGAGGACAUUGCUGCACAAAUGAGGCUAUUUUCCCUUUAAGACUGGCCAUGAAUCAUCUAUUAGAACACCAGCAUUUUAUCUCCAAGGGUUCCAGAGCUGGAGAUGUUAACAGUCCAGUUGAUUUAGGAGCCCUUUUGGAAAACAAGACAUAAAUCUCAGUACAGGAAUAUGCACAGGAUUGAACUGAUUCCAAAGACUGUAGUUGGGAGUCCACAGCAAUAUGCUUUGAAUGAAUGACUGCAAAAAAACAAUAAAAACAGGCACAAACAAACCAAUGCACACAGUGAAUAUCAACCAUGCUGCAUUUGAUUGUGCUGUGCAUUUUGCAAAGGGAUUAAAGAACCAUGAUGGUGGGCUGGGUGUCAAUAAUAGAGGAGGAUAAAAUCAAGCAACAUCAUGCUUAAAACCAGGUUUCCAGAUAGCCCCUCUCCAUUUGCUUCUCCACCCAAGAGUUGAUUGUGUCUCUCAAUCGGCUUAGCUGGAAGGACUAGAGGGAAUGGACAGGUGAACACAACAGCUGCCAUAGGCUAGAAGAGCCAUGAUAACAAUCCUUAUGACCAAUGGAAGAGUGCAAAACUGGGAAAAGAAACCUAUAACCUCUGACUCUGAUGUGCUAGAUGCAGGUGUGUGGCUGUCAGGAGGUCUGGGUUUGAACUGGGAGUCUUUGGAAUUGUGAAUAGUGCUCCAUGUGGUGAGCCAUGGAACUACACAUUACAGCUGCUGUAGGUAGUUUAGGGCCUAGACUGACUCCAUCUAACGACAUGAAAAGAGCGGUCCUGAAUCAGACCAUAGGCCCUUUCAUCCUAUGCUCACAGUGACCAACCAAAUGCCACAGUGAAGCCUGCAAAGUAGGAGAAGAAGAGCUUGACACACUGUCCCCACUAAGGCUAGAUAUUGGCUCCUCCUGAAAAGGGAGGGAUUUGAGGUCUUUCUGGCAUGUUUCUGUAUCUGUGGUGGUUAUUUGGCCCUGACUUUUGACUCGAGUUGGGAUAAUUUAGAGGGACUAACUGAGCAAAAGGACAAAAUGAGCACAUUCUUCACACAGAGCUGCACUCAGAAUGGUUAUCUCACACUGGAAGAGACUAGAGUGGUGGAACGCAGAUCCUCUCCUGACACUGGGGCUGCUGCUGCUUAUUUGGUCAGGGUUGGGGCAGUGGCAAUUUUGGCAUGUGGAGGUACACCCAUGGGAGUACCAGCACCUUCCAUGCUUGAUGAAGCAAAGUGGAGAGGACAAAGAGAGAACGCUGAGAUAAAGCCACUACUUAACAAAAUGCCUUUUAAUAACAGCCGUGGUCUUGAGAUGCACGUUUUCCAACAGUAUAUCGAUGAGCAUUUAGAAUUUGUCGUAGCUUCACUAACUUGACUGCUUUACACCCUGGAGGAUUAGACCAAUGCUUCAUGUGACCUUUCUAGAUAGGAAAAAAAGUCUUCUUCUUUUUUAACAUUGUGUGUGGAAUUUUUUUAGCUCUUGUCAAAAUGAAAGCAAUUUUCUUUUGUUCGAAGGGCUACGCUAUGCUGUUCUAAACACCAAGAUUUGAUUUUUCUGUAGAAAGAGAGAAACCAGCAGUAUAAUGCUUUCAAAUUGAUAAUAAUUCAUGGUUUUGUACAGAUGGUGCAGUAUUUUGCCAUUUUUGUAAAGGGGGAAAGAAUCUCUAUUUUUCAGAGAUCUGAAACCACAUAUAUUAGUUCCAGUAAUCCUUUAAGGUUCUGAUCUCACACCAGGCUCCAAACAGUGGUUCCCAGCUUUGCUUAUACUUCCAUUACAUUUGAGACCCAGCGUAGCUACCUGAUGUAUGCUAAUGUCCAGAAUGCACUGCCCAACCAGAGAAGGGAGAUGUCCACAAGCUACACAUGAUGCUGAUACCUGGGAAAUAUAGUCUCGUCUCUUGUUUGGGCCUGGUGGCUUCAUCACGCUUCUGUGAGGGCCGUAAAGAAUUAAAUGAGCGAAACUCAGACACCAAACGAAAUUGUACCCAGCCUUGUAUGUUCUUCAAGCUUGUAGUCAUAGAAACAUUUCAGCCUUUGGAGGAAAAAAAAUGCAACCGCUUCUCAUCACAUCCCCCACCCCAAAAUCUGGAAUACUUUAUAAUUUGUUCCAAAGGACUGUGGUUUCAUUUUAUUUCCACAACAGCCCAUUAAGCAGGCUAGGCUGAGAGAGAAUGAUUUGCUUAGGACCGCUUGAUAAUUUGUGGCUGAAUCAUUCCCACACUUCCAAGGCCAACACUUUGGGUACUACUGCACCAAUCUGGCAAGCAUCAUGUUUAAAAAUAAGCAGGCAAGCAGGCUUGUUGUUGUUCUUGUUUUUGUUGGUAUUGGUAUCCAUCUGUCUCGAGAGACAAUGGAAUGUGCCUCCAGGAAUGCGGUAAAAUUGCUGGAGAAUCACAGCGCCUGCUGUGGCUGCAGAGACUGCUAGCUGCUAACUACUGCCUCCCAUUUUGUUUAUGCUGCAUUAGAAGCAGCAAAGUGACCUCUCCAGAGUGCAAGCCUGGACAGUGUGUUUGGAGGUCCUGGGCUGCCCAGAUGACAAGAACCCCCUGUAUGUAUGUGUAUGUACAACAUGUGUAUACAGGACUCCCCUGUGUAUAUAUCAACAUCUGGAACUGUAUUACGGAAGCCUAAUAUUCUAUAGCAGCAAACUAUUUAGGACUUUAAGGUGCAGCCGUCUUACCUCAGAUCCCCAACAGGUAGUAUGUAACCAUCAUGGCUGUCAACCAGCUUUCACUCUUUCUGAACUUCUGGUGCAGUUCUCAGCACACAAAAAAGCCAAAAUGCAUUCAAAAAGGUAUAUUCAAAGCAAAUGUAUUUGGAGAAAUGUGUAUUUUGAGAGAAAUUGUGGAAAGGCAUAUUUUGAGAAAAAAAUCUGUUUAACUGUGGAAGAAAAUCUAUUUAAAGAUACAUAUUUUAG